AUGGUCGACGCUUUCUUGAGUAUGGACAUUUACGAGAGCUUCAACCUGUAUUCGCAUCCUGAAAAGUUCUUCCUGGAGCCGACAGACCUCGGAGGCGGAGCGGCUUCGAAGCAUUAUCUGGAGAUAGAUAGGCACACGAAUGUUAUUAGAAUCGUUGGUAAGUCAUUUGAAACUUUAAAUUUUGGACAGCUUGAUUUACUGCAGACUCCCGGAAACAGCGGAUUCCAAUUGCCGACACCGACAUCAAGUUCAUAUAUGGAAUCCUGGGAACAAUAAAAUUAGUAUCCGGAUAUGCGCUCAUCGCCAUCACAAAGGCGUCGCUCGUAGGUCAAGUGAACAAUCAUAACAUCUGGACGAUCAGUGACACUGAAGUCAUUCCGUUUAAAAAGACGACUCUCCAUCUAACGGAGAAGCAAAUCCGUUACAACCGGAUGUUCAUGGACAUGCUCGUGCAAGUGCUCUCCAUCGGCGGCUUCUAUUACUCGACGACUCUCGACCUCUCGCGCACUUUCCAAUGGCUCCAGGAGAAUGCGGUUCCGUUGUUCAAGACGAGAAGUAUGAUAGACAGAGCAAGCGAAAGAUUCGUAUGGAACGGACAUCUUCUGUCGCAGAUCCGGCAGGUGCCGGGCGCGGAGAGAUACACUCUACCCGUCAUUCACGGAUUUAUCGGGCAGAAUCGUGUGAAUGUGAACGGAAAAGAGAUAAAGCUGACUAUCAUCUCGAGAAGAAGCAUCUAUCGGUGAGCUAGUUGCCUUCCACGUUUUACUAAACUCUUCAUCUUUCAGCGCUGGUGUUCGUUUCUAUAAACGUGGCGUCGAUUUGGACGGACACGCCGCCAACUUCGUGGAAACUGAACAGAUUGUCGAAUACGGAUCUACCGAGAAGCACCUGACCUCGUUUGUCCAACUCCGCGGCUCAAUUCCUUUGCUCUGGUCGCAGAAACCGAAUCUUCGAUGGCAACCGACGCCAACAAUGAAACCGACGGAUGAUCAGCUGGCAGCGUUCACUCGGACCUUCUCGUGGCACAAGCAGCAUUACGGAGGGAAGCACGUCAUCGUGAAUUUAGUGAAUCAGAAGGGGAGAGAGAAGAAGAUAGGCGGAGAACUGGAGAGGAUUUCGAGACAGGCCAACAUGGACUUUGUUAGGUAAGGAGCAAACUGAAGCGGUAUGAGAAGGACAAACUAGAUAUUCAGGUAUCAUCAGUUUGACUUCCACAAAGAGUGCCACGCAAUGCAAUGGCAUCGUCUGGAUUUGCUCCGCGAGCAGCUCAGCCAAGAGAUCCAGCAGUUCGCAUUCUUCUAUCUCUCCCCAAAUAGCAUGGAAUCGAGCCGCUCCCAACGCGGUUUCUUCCGCACGAACUGCAUGGAUUGUCUGGAUCGGACGAACGUCGUUCAGUCGAUGCUGGCUCGCGAGUCACUGACCGAACAGCUCCGCAUGCUCGGUGUUCUGCAGCAAGAGCAAAAAGUGCAGGAUAUUCCACUUCUCGAAUCACUUUUCAAGCACCGUGAGUUUUUCAUUUUAUAGAGCCCGCUUUCAUUCGGAGUAUUUAAGUGUGGGCUGAUAACGGAGACGAGUGCAGUCGUCAGUACGCCGGCACUGGAGCCCUCAAGUCGGAUUUCACGCGGCUCGGAAAGCGAACGUACAUCGGAGCGAUGAACGACGGAGUGAAUGCAGUAUCCCGAUACGUUCGCAACAAUUUCGGCGACGGCUACAGACAGGACGCCAUCGACUUGUUCCUUGGAAACUUUCUCGUCGACUCGUCCGAUCUCCCUUCUUCUCUUGAGACGUCGGUUCUUUCGACCGAUCAGAACGGCCUCGCCCUCAUCGCCGCCCUUUUCGCCAUGUCGAUGACUAUUCUCUGUCUUUUGGUCGCUGGUCGGUUAUUCCGAAUGUACUCACCUCAUUACGUUUUCUUUUUCAGAUAACGUCACGGCCACACUCUUCUGGAUGGUAAUUUUCUUCGUUUGUAUGAUGUUCAUCUUCCUGAACGGCGAGGAAUUCGUCAACACUCCAAAAUUGAAGCAAGAUUGA